ACAAAUAAGCGUCGGACCGAGAAACACUUGAUCGGCGCAAAGCUAUUUAGAAACAGUGGGAACAUGUCGCUGUGGGAGAAAUAUGCAGCUGUGAUGAAUGCUUGUUGACGUAUUAGAACACAGAGGUUUUAUGUUGGAAGCGGUGAAGUAGUCGCUGUAAAGAUUUAAUUUGCGAAAAGAUGUUUGCCAAACCGUUUCGUGUCAAAUCCAACACUGUACUCAAAGGAUCAGACAGGAGAAAGUUGAAAGCUGACCUUUCAGCUGCAUUUCCAUCCCUUUCUGCUGAUGAUCUGUCUGAGCUCGUCCCCAACAAAGAAGAAAUUAAUGUUGUGAGGAUUUAUGCACACAAAGGAGAAGCUGUGACUCUUUAUGUUCUUCAUAAAAACCCUAUCUUCUUUGAACUGGAGAAACGACUUUAUCCUACUGUGUAUGUUCUGUGGCGACACCCUUCUCUCCUACCAGUAUUCAGAACAUGGGCUCCUGUGCUUCAGAAGUUGAUUGGAGGGGCCGAUCUCAUGCUGCCAGGUGUGGUGAUGCCUUCAUGCGGGCUUCCAGAUGUAAAACAAGGGUCCUGCUGUGCUGUUUUGAUUGUGAAUAAUAGGGCUCCUGUUGCUGUUGGCAAAGCUGCAACAUCAACCAUGGAGAUGCAAAGCUCGGGUAUGAAAGGGAGAGGAGUGUGUGUUCUUCACACGUACAUGGAUUACCUCUGGGCGUUUGGAGAUAAAUCAAAUCUUCCCUCUUUACCAUAUGAGGAGGGUGAAAUAGAAGAUACAAACGGGGAAAAAAGUGAAGUUAGUGAGAAAGAAGAACGUGGAGAUGAUGAUGAUUUUGGAACGUGUGCAGAGGAGCAUCAGAGCUCUAGUGAAACCGAUACAAAUCAAACCUGUUGUGGUUUUGAGGAGCUGAACCUCACUGACAUGGAGGAAGACAAGGUGGAAAGUAGCAAUGAAAAAGGCGAGGAGAACCAGGACGAGCUGAAAACCCCUCAAGAGGAAAUGGACGCCCUGCUGCUGCAGUGCUUCCUGCAUGCUCUGAAAAGUAAGGUUAAGAAGUCGGAGCUCCCUCUGCUGACUAGCACAUUUCUCCGGAACCACAUGUUCACCUGCUGCCCUAGCGGAAAGCAACUGGAUAUCAAGAAAUCCAGCUAUAAAAAGUUGUCCAAGUUUCUACAAGUCAUGCAACAGCAGCAUAAUCUUGUUCAAGUAAAAGAACUCACCAAGGGUGUGGAGAGCAUUGUGGAAGUGGACUGGAAAAAUCAACGACUGCGGUCCUUUAGCGUUCCAGAGGAGGCAGGUGUUGGAGAAACGACGGUGCUGAGUGGAGAAGGAGAAACCCUGUACCACCCUCCAGAGAUCACUACUCUGUACUCUGUAUCUGCUCGGCUGGAGCCACUGUUUUUGGAUGCAAAUAAGAGGAAAGGGACGACAAUGCUUCCAGCUGAGGUCAGAAGUAUAAUCACUGAAUAUGUGAAGAAGAAUGAGCUGGUGGACGAGAAUAAUAAAAAUUAUGUGACUAUAAACCCGACUCUGUGUGACUGCUUACUGGAGAAAUCAGAGUACCAGGAGGUAGAGUGUCUCAAAUGGGAUGACCUUUUUAGCAGGACAUUGGGAAGAAUGCAAGAGUGUUAUCAGGUUGUGUUUCCUGGACAAGCAGCAACAGUAAAGAAGGGCCACAUUGAGCCAAUAGACAUUUCUGUGGCUUCUCGAGGUUCUAAUAAGAAGGUGACUCUAAUAAAGAAUUUGGAAGUGUACGGUUUGGAUCCUGAAGCAGUUGCCACUGCCCUGCAGCACAGAGUCCAGGCCAGCGCUGUCUUACAGAUCCUCCCUGGAGUGAAAGACAGAGUCCUGGUCCAGAUCCAAGGUAACCAGGUUCAUCAGGUUGGAAACCUGUUGCUUGAUCAUUAUCAGAUUCCUCGCAAGUAUAUCCAAGGACUGGACAAAGCUCCCAAGGGUGGGAAAAAGAAAUAAAAUUGGACUUUGCUGUGCCAGCUUUUUAUUGCACUUAAAGCUGUUAUCAUGUUACAUGUCAUGCUGCCCAUUAUUUUAAUUAAAUUGCAUCCACUGUCCCUUCCUGACUUUAGGUUCAACUUAUUUUCCUGUUAGGUUUUGGCUGCAGUCUGAACUGAGGAAUCCAUGUUAGAACUAAUUGAUGAGUUUGGCUACACUGAAUCAGAUUUUGUUGUUGUAGCAAGAUUAACAUCUGAUGGCAAAAAAAAACAUUUGAUGUAAAACUUAUUUCAAAAUUCUUCUUUGAAUUUAUUUUUAUGUAUUUUGGAACUUCAGAGACCCAAAACUCAGUUAUAUUUGUAAGUGUAAAACCAUUUAGUAAGUAGGUAAAGGGAAUUUAUGUAGCACUUGCCACUGGUAAAAUCACAAUUUACUUCAGUAAGAGAGUUUACACAUUAAAACACAAAUAAAUUAAAUAUGAAAAAAAAAAAAAAGGGUAAAACAAGAACAGUAUUUAUGUUAAGGAAAAGCAUUGUUUCUCUUUUUUUUUUUUUGAAUGAGCCAAGAUUCUCAAGACAAUUUAAAAAAAAAAUAAUAAUCUCAAGUUUUACACCUGGUCUUUGGGCCUACGGGUAGAUUUUUGUUUGAUGCCUUAAGGAGUCAAGUUAGUGUGUGGCUCUAACAAUUCAGUAGCAAAGUAAGGAGCCUGAUCCUGAGGGGUCCUGAAAGACAGUCUGAAUUUUAACGUGACCAGGUAAACUCUUUAAAGACAUUGUAACAGGACUGAUGUGAGCUUUUCUGUUUGUUAUUUAUAAGAGCCUUGUGCAGAGUUUUUGAAGGUGAUUAGAGGCUCUUUUGUUAAAUCAUGUGAAAAAUGUAUUACAGUCUGGAGAGAAAAUAAAAAUCUCCAAUAAUCAUCCCUAUUUCCUGUUUUGACCACCAGACUGGAAAUAUUUCUCAAAUAACAAAAACAGUUUUAGAAGAUUUGUUCUGAAUAGCCUUCAAAGCUAUAUGUAUAUAGCGGGGGGUGUUAAAUCUUUCACUACGGUAUUUUGACAGUACUUAAUAGAAAGUUUUCCUCAUCACAAUCUUUCAUGCUCAUCUUUGGGGAAAAAUGUUUCAUGAGGAAAGACAAAAAGAUAAAAACUUUUUUUUUGCCACCCGAGUUUUAAAGUUGAGAGAAAAAGAUAAUUUUGUUAGUAUUAGAAAAUCGGUCUUCAAAAAAGUAUUUUCCUCCUUGCCUUUCAGGGCUUUCAUUUUGUAGUUUCAAGAACAAGAAUAAAAAAUUAUUUUUUUUCUUCUAACUUCACUAUUAUUCAGUGCGUUACAAUAACGGCAUCAAUACAUGUUUAGUAAAUAUUUUCUUUAAACUGUUUUUCCCAGGUUCUGUGCUUCCUGUGUUGAUAGAUUGUUGAGAGCGAUCACUUUAUUAAGAAAAAUAAGGUGGAUGGUUUUGUUUAAAUGUAAUUAUUGGUAGAACAAAAAACAAAUAAAAAACCCACAUAAUUUCA